AUGCCCACUGGCGAGGACCGGGAGAGCCCAUCAUCCAAAGCGCUUGCCUCUCGCUUGGCCAAAUACGCUUACGCCAGCUCUGGUCCGUCGCCUCGACGGGCGGUAGCUGCGGCUUCCACGAGAUCGGCACAGGUCUCGCCGACCGGCUCAAGGCUUCCUACCGGGCAAGCGGAGGGGGUCCUCCAGGAUGAAGCGGCCGAGGUGGAUUUCGACCCCUCGAGAUCUGUCGCUGGACCCUCCCGAUGGCAGGACAUCUCUGUAGCCCCUAGCGGAAAGAGGAAGACACCAACGAAGGAGGCGAGCUCUCCCGGCUCCAAGAAGGCCAAGAAGGUUCCCAGACCGUAUGCUGGACCAGAGGUGUAUGCGCAUCUCAAGAAUACGCCGGAUCAUCUCGGCGUUGGGCUGGAUAUCAUAUUCUGCGGCAUCAAUUUCAUCUGCAUAACCACCUGUGGCUGCAAAAAGUCGGCCGCUACCGGUACCCACUUUGCCCACCCGACCAACAAGUUUUGGCGUGCCCUGCAUCAGUCAGGUCUGACUCCUCGCUUGUACGCGCCCAACGAAUGCCACCUGCUCCCGGCUGAGCUGAACUACGGACUAACCAACCUCUGUGGACGUCCAACAGCUGAGCAAUCCGAGCUAUCAACCCUCGAGAUGCGCCUGAAUGUCCACCCCUUCGCAGCCAAGCUUGUCCGUCUCCGCCCUCGCGUUGUCUGCUUUGUCGGCAAGAAGAUCUGGGACGUGUUUGAGGCGGUCGCGGGCAAGACGGCCAAGUCGGCCGAACCACGCCGAGGCGCAUCGUCCGGGAGACCGGUCGGGGUGAACAAGCGAGGGUCAGUCGACGGGUACACGGAAGUCAAGCAGGAGGAGGGCGAUGGGGAUCUAGUCAAGCGGGAACCUGCAUCAUCCGCCUCGAGCCCUCUGACGGAUAUCGACCGGGACGCCGACUCCCGCGACGACAUCAAGCCCAUUAUACCGCAAACUCCAUCCGCUGGUCCUUCAACGCCUAUACGAGCGAAAAUGGAGCCAUCACAACCAGCUUCCACACCUCGCCGCAAAGCAGCCACGACGACUGCCUUUGACUGGUAUGCCCCUCGGUCCCUACGCCUCCCUCUUCCUCCCAUACACGGCGAAGAGGAAGUGAGCUACUGCUAUUUUUGGGUCACGCCGAGUACGUCGGGCCUGGAAAGAACACCGCUCGCGGAACAGGUCAACAUCUUUGCGGCAAUGCGCGCAUUCUCAGAGUCUUUACGGGUCGAUGGCGAUCCAGCUUUGGACGGAUUCAGGGAUAUAGACAUGGCAGGGCUCCAGGGAACGGCAGAGAAGAUACUAGCAGAGGCUGUAGCUAAGGGCGCGACGGUAUAUCCCAGCGUACAUGCAACAUAG